AUGGCCGAGGCAUUUACGCGUGAAGACUACGUCUUUAUGGCUCAGCUCAACGAGAACGCCGAGCGCUAUGAUGAGAUGGUGGAGACCAUGAGGAAGAUCUCCGGUAUGGAAGGCGAGCUCUCGGAUAAGGAGCGAAACCUGCUUUCUGUAGCCUACAAGAACGUCAUCGGCCCCCGCCGCGCAGCCUGGAGGAUCGUCUCCUCCAUCGAGGCGAAGGAGAAGGGCCGCCAGAAGCCGAACGCCAAGCGAAUCGAGCAGAUCCGUGUGUACAGGCAGAAGAUAGAGAAAGAGCUUUCGGACAUCUGCAACGACAUCCUCAAGCUCCUCCAGGAGCAGUUCGUCCCCCGCUCCACAAAUGCCGACGCGAAGGUCUUCUACUACAAGAUGCAGGGAGACUACUAUAGGUACCUCGCCGAGUACUCGUCGGGCGAGGACAAGGAGAAGAUCGCCGGCUCUGCCCUCAACGCCUACAACUCUGCGUUCGAGAUCUCCCAGCAGCUGCCUCCGACCCACCCGAUCCGUCUCGGGCUGGCUCUGAACUUCUCUGUCUUCUACUAUGAGAUCCUCGCGUCUCCUGACAGGGCUUGCGAGCUUGCGCGCAAGGCUUUCGACGCGGCCAUCACAGAUCUGGACAAGCUGACCGAGGAGUCUUACAAGGACUCGACCCUCAUCAUGCAGCUCCUCCGCGACAACCUCAACCUCUGGGUGACGGACUCUGCCGGUGACGAUAAUGCCGAGGAGAAGUAG